AUGUCGUACUCACCGUAUCCGUCUCCACCUUCCUGCGGUUCGUCAACCUCCGCUCCACCGCCACCACCACCUCCACCCCUUUUCCAAUCAACGGGAGAUCUGCAGAAGCUCAUUUCGCCCCGUUUCCUAUCACGGGAAGCGCAACUGAGACCCGUCCCGACUAAUGAAUGGUGGGGCAAUUUGCUAGCGUGGGAUGGAAACCGUGAAAGUGACGCCGUGUUCGCUGGCCCUUAUACCUAUAAAGUGGUGCAGGGUCAACCCGGCAGGAUUGGCAGCGGUCUCUCGGUGAGCUACUUGCUGCAGUAUCGAACGGACGGUCCCAUCAAUGAUAACGGAGCUCCCCGGUUCUACUACUACGCACCGACCAUCAAGAACUUGAUCUUCUCAGCUGUGGAGCUUGCUCAUCAAUCGGGUGCACCUCCCCUAAGUAUCCAAACGUGGGAUGAUAUGGGCGUGCACCUCGCUAUGGCAGGGAUGAGCAUGUACUUGGCAUUAGGUGCCGCUUUUACGACGGUCGAAUACCAGAACAUGCAGGCACAAGUAGGUACAGAACAUGCCAUUGUUGCUAUCAACGGAGCUCCGGCUAGAGACGGUCACCAGGUUCACGGGAGCAGCUUUGUGAUCUCUUUGAACAACGGACAGCAGUGGGUGCUCUACUUCUUUCCCAAUGCUGGUGGAAAUACCGAGCUGGUUUACCAGGCCAACAAACUCACGACAACAUCAACGUUCACGGGAGUCGUUCAAGCGGCAUUCGUUUCGACGAGCGCAGUGCAAGCUGCUGCACCGCAAGACGAUCGCAAAAUUCUGCAACUUUACCACGCAAGUGCAGGUGUGUACCCGAAAGGAGCUACGGUCCAGACGCUAAAUUCAGAGUCGUUUGUCUUCCACUGGCAGCUUGCAGCUGCAGUAGGCAGCAGUCCGGGAAAUCGCUUCCUUCAUUUUGCGCUAACGCACUUGCAGGCUUUGCUCGAUCCGUCCACGGUAGAAGCAAAGCAUGAACUUGUGCUGCAUUCGCACACUCAUGGACCGUUGUUUGCGUACGCAUUGGUGACUCGGUCGGGUUGCAACCCGUCAUGGCUUUGCCACGUACCUCGAGCUGAAAGUCAGGGUGUCGAGACAUGUACAGCAUUUUACCCGCCACGUGCUGCUUGCCUCAAUGCAGGUGAGGUGAAAAGGCUGAACCUGUGUCGCAUCGUCACUGACGAGAUCCAUGGAGAUUGGGCUUUGCCUCAUGAGGGAAGCUACUACUUUAAAGGGAAGGCCCUGCAGAAAUUUGGCACCAUGUGUCUUGUUGCCCGGCAGCUAGCAGACACGACGAGUCCUGAACUGAGAACCGUGGCGCAACACGGCAUUUCCAAGCUGCAGCAACUGCUUUCUGCAUUCGCAGACAAUCGGUCGGCAUUUCCACUUGUUUACGACACGACUUACAAGGGAAUCAUCUCCAGUGAAGCGUUGGCCAAGAACGACAUGAAUGUUGACUUUGGCAAUGGAGUGUACAAUGACCACCAUUACCACUAUGGGUACCUCAUAACUGCUGCUGCCAUGGCGCUCUACUUGGACCCACAUUGGCGUCACUCGGCUGAUGCCGCCAAGGUCCGAACGUUCGUCGACACGUUGAUUCGGGACGUGGCGACCGCAUCUCCUAUCGGCCACGAUCCGUACUUUCCGCGUUUCCGAAACUUUAACUGGUGGCUUGGUCAUUCAUACUCACACGGUGUGACUCCGAUGGCCGAUGGGAAGGAUGAAGAGUCUACAUCCGAAGAGGUCAACUUUCUGUAUGGCAUUGCGCUGUAUGGCCAAGUCACGGAGAACGCAGCACAAGAGGCACUAGCAAAACUGAUGCUCAAGGUUUACGUGCGCGUAGUGAACACGUACUUCUUGCUCCGGAACAAUGGCCCUUUGAUCCAUCCUGCAGGCUUUGCGAAGAACAAGGUCACCGGCGUUUUCUUUGACAACAAGUGCGACUACGCAACGUGGUUUAGCCCCAACAAGGAGUGCAUUCACGGCAUUCAAAUGAUCCCUGUGUCUCCGAUCCUCGAAAUCUCCCGACCGCCAAGCUUUGUACGAGAAGAGUGGAACGAAGUGCUCAGCAAGUUACCGUUUGUGCGCGACUGGAAGGCACAUCAAUCUGGCUGGACGUCGCUGUUGUUUGCCAACUACAGCGUCCUAAACCGUGAAGCAGCUCUCGAAGUGCUAGCCACGUGUCCCAUGGACGACGGGCUCAGCCGCGCCUGGGCGUUGUAUUACUCAGUGACUCGACCCCCACCCUCUUGCUAG